AUGAGGAAGGGAACCAGCUCUGGAAUUCUGGCUCAGAGAAGUCAUAAAUGUUGACUGACUGUCAGAUGCUUGUGGGAGGUCCCCAUGGUGUGGGGAAGGGGGAGACUCAGCUUAACCACAGACAAAGGUGUGCAUGGGAGAUGGAGGCUCACUCUGUUGCCCAGGCUGGAGUUCAAUGGUGCAAUGAGCUUGGCUCACUGCAACCUCCACCUCUUGGGUUCAAGUAAUUCUCCUGCCUCAGCCUCCAAGUAUGCGGGGAUUACAGAGUCUGGAGUGAACUGAAGACUAAGCAUAAACGCUGCCGGUCAGGGGCUGUUUCUUGUGCCUGAAAAUCGUGGGGCCUUGGACACCGCCUUUCCAAAUCAAGAUGGCACUGUGCCCAAGUGCUCAGAGGGAAUGAGUGAGGAUGCAGCUGGCUGCUGCCUCUGAGAGCCACAGUUGGUGCAAGGACCCCAGCACUAA